AUGCACGACGCAGAGAGUACCGUAGAUUCUCUACUGAAGGAGAUAGACAAUGAAAUGGAACAAACAAAGUCUAAUAUCACGCAAAAUGGUUCCGAAGAUACACCACACAACUGGAAGCUUCCGCUGCAGGAAAUAGGCGAUGAUACCAUGGAAAUGUUGGUCAAACACAAUACUAGGUCGAAUGCUACAGAAAAUAGUAGAGGUCGAUCACCUUCUAAGAUGUCUACCAUCUCAAAUGAAAGCCUUAAUUUGGGUCUCUUACGUGUAAAUUCGGAACUUGAAGAGUCUCCAGCCGCUGUGCAUCAGGAACGGAUUAAAAACUCUGUUGCCAACGGGGCACUUGGUCAUGCCAAUUCUCCCAAAGUGCUUAAUAAUCUGAAAAAUAUGGCACAAGAUAUAGAUAAACUAGCCCGUGAUGAGGAAAAGCCCGUAAAACUUAGCAGCUCUCCCCUUAAAUUUACUUUGAAAUCGACUCAACCACUGCUGUCGUAUCCAGAAUCGCCCAUCCACAGAAGUUCUAUUGAAAUUGAAACGAAUUACGAUGACGAAGAUGAAGAGGAAGAAGAUGCAUACACAUGUUUAACACAGUCACCUCAAAUAUUACACUCUCCAUCAAGGAUUCCAAUAACUAACGCAGUGUCGAUUAAUAAGCUCAAUCUUGAUUUCACAUUGAAUCCCAACGAAUCAGACAAAAGUCUAGUAUCUGACACCUCAGUUGAUAGCACAGGACGAGAACUAGAUACGAAAACAAUCCCAGAAUUACCAUUUUGUAUGUCAUCAACGCCCGAAAUGACGCCAGUCGAUGAGAAAUGUAACCUUCCAAGUAAAUUGUUGAACACUAGUAACAAUUCACAUUCUGAUUCAAGAUCGCCAACAGCCUCUGUGGAGGAUUUAAACAUUUCAACGAAUCUGCCGGGUGCUGAUUCCAGCCAAAAUAAUCCAGUCACUACUGAUGCGGAUGCGCUUAUUGAAAACGAUGUUGUGCGGGACCUUCAACAGAAUAUGGAACAUAUCGAUGAUGCUUUUGAUGAGAAAAAAGUUCUUGACGAAGGUUGCAGCAAUGAGCCCGUUACCUUUUUGGGUGAAAAUGACACUAGGUCCAUAGUAUACUCUAAUAAAGGGACCAAUGCUAAUGUUCAAGAAUUUUCACAGGAAGAUUCUCUAGCGCACAGUGAACCCAAAUUCAAAGAUCUUAAUGCUACAUCGGAUGACGUAUGGAAUGAAGACAAAGAAACAGACGCAAAUAUUUCAACAUCUACAAAGUCAGAGGAAAGCUACAUUGCUGACUAUAAAGUAACGAGACAAGAAGACUGGGAUACCAAAAAGCUUCAUCAAGAAAGUGAACAUGCAAAUGAACAACCGGCAAUAAUUCCUCAAAAGGAUUCUUCAGAAGAAACAUUCACUGAACUAAAUAAUGAAAGUGAAUUCCAAAGGAACUUUAAGGAUGGAGAGGAAUACCGAAUCGUUCAACACGAGGAGAGCCUGUAUGGACAAAGAACAAAGAGUCCAGAAGAAAAUAUAAUAAAUGGCAGUGAAAUUGGUGUCGACCAUGGAGAGGCCGCUGAAGUGAAUGAACCAUUGGCAAAAACUUCUGCAGAAGAACAUGAUCUUUCAUCAUCAUGUGAAGAUCAGUCGGUGAGCGAGGCUCGUAAUAAAGACAGAAUUGAAGAGAAGGAAGUUGAAACUAAGGAUGAGAACAUUGAAACCGAGAAAGAUGAAAGUGAGUACCAUAAAGUCGAAGAAAAUGAAGAGCCGGAACACGUUCCCCUCUUACCACCCCUGCCAAGAUGGGAAGAAAUUCAAUUCAACGAGCCAUUUAUAGAUGAAAAUGAUACCUCCAAUGAUUCCAUCGAUUUAACCAGAUCCAUGAAACCAUCAGAUUACAUUUCUAUAUGGCAUAUCCAAGAAGAGGAAAUCAAAUCCAAUUCACCAGAAUCCAUUGCCAACUCCCAAUUUUCACAACAAUCCUCGAUUACCACUGCAUCUACGGUCGAUUCUAAGAAGGAUAAUGGAUCAACUUCGUUCAAAUUCAAACCUAGAAUAGUGAGCAGGAGUAGGAUUUACAAUCCAAAAAGCAGAGUAUCCUCAUUGAAUUACUACGAUAAUGAAGAUUACAUUUUAAGCAACAGUGAAUGGAAUGCACUCGACCCUAUGAGAAGAAAUACACUCAUCUCUAAAAGGAUUCAAGAUAACAUAAGAACUCAAAAGGGUCACGCUCCACUUAUUAGGCCAAGCAUCAUGAAACUUAAUGGCGAAGAUUCUGGUUUUCAGAAUCAUUUCUUGGAGGUAGAACAACCGCAAGAACACGAAAAUAUCCCAUUAAGUACGCACCUAAGCGAACAAGAUAUCACAACAAAUGUAGGCCUCGAUGAACAGAAAUUACCAACCAAUACCCAGGACGAAGCUGAAAUUUCCAUUCGGGAAAUAGAGAGUGCGGGUGAUAUCACUUUUAAUAGGGGCGAUUUACUAUCUUUAUCCUUUGAUGAGGAAUUGGGUCAGGAUUUUGCUAAUUUUCUAGACGCUUUGGAUCAUGACUCCACAUCUUUCAAUCAUGGGCCGGAUGAUUCAUCCAGUUUUCAAAGAGACAGUUCAAAGAAAAGCUUCAAUUCUCUUUGGGAAAGCAGUUACGAACUAAAACCGCCACCUUCCAUAAGAAAGCAACCUAUUGCCCCCGACGUCCUGCAAAAAUUAUUAGAAUCAGAUACUAAAGAUGACGCAGAUUUGGAAAAAAUUAGAGAAGAGCGUAUAACUGAACCAAGGACUGGUUUGGGGAUUGGAAUGCUGAAAACACCAGUUAAGGAUGUUUCAAUUGCGCUAGCUGCAAGCAUUAAAGGAUAUGAGGCAAGUUUCAGCGAUACUGACUCUCGUCCAGAGGGCAUGAAUAAUAGUGAUGCCAUCACUUUGAACAUGUUCGACGAUUUCGAAGAAGAUAAAAUGACCCCUUCCACUCCAGUUCGUAGUAUAAGUCCAAUAAAACGGCAUGUUAGCAGUCCUUUCAAGGUCGUGAAAGCUGGAAACAAACAAGAGAAUAAUGAAAUAAACAUUAAGGCUGAAGAGGAAAUAGAGCCAAUGACGCAGCAAGAAACCGAUGGUUUGAAACAAGAUAUUCCUCCACUGCUAGCGCAGACAAAAGAUAACGUCGAAGCAAAAGAAGAAACGAUAACUCAACUUGAAGAACCACAAGACGUUGAACAAGAAUUUCCGGAUAUGGGAACACUUUAUUUAAGUAUAAAGGCUAUUUCCACGCUUGCAUUAUAUGGAACUAAGAGUCAUAGAGCAACAUAUGCUAUUGUUUUUGACAAUGGGGAAAAUGUCGUUCAGACACCCUGGGAGUCGCUUCCGUAUGACGGUAACAUCAGGAUCAAUAAGGAAUUUGAAUUGCCCAUAGAUUUUAAAGGAAAAGCCGAAACAUCCUCCGCUUCUUCUGAAAGAGAUAGCUACAAAAAAUGUGUUAUCACAUUAAAAUGUAAAUAUGAAAAACCUCGACAUGAAUUGGUCGAAAUAGUAGACAAGGUGCCGGUGGGUAAGAGUUUUUUUGGAAAGACAAAGUAUAAAUUUGAAAAGAAGUAUGUACAGAAAAAACCUAAACAAGAUGAGUGGGAUUAUCUAUUUGCACAAGACGGUUCAUUUGCUCGUUGUGAAAUUGAAAUUAAUGAAGAGUUUUUGAAAAACGUGGCAUUUAAUACCAGUCAUAUGCAUUACAAUAUGAUUAACAAGUGGAGUAGAAUCGCAGACAAAAUUCACGGCUCAAAAAGGCUGUACGAGUUACCACGCAAGGCGCCUCACAAAGUGGCUUCGUUGGAUGUGGAAGCAUGUUUCUUAGAAAGAACUUCUGCCUUUGAACAAUUUCCCAAACAAUUUUCAUUGGUCAAUAAGAUUGUUUCCAAAUACAAGUUGCAACAAAAUAUCUAUAAAGAAGGGUAUUUAUUGCAGGAUGGUGGUGAUCUGAAAGGAAAGAUAGAAAACAGGUUUUUCAAACUGCACGGCUCGCAACUUUCUGGUUAUCAUGAAAUCUCUAGAAAGGCUAAGAUCGAUAUUAAUCUGUUGAAAGUCACGAAAGUCCUACGUAAUGAAGACAUCCAGGCGGAUAAUGGAGGGCAAAGGAAUUUUACAGAUUGGGUACUCUUUAAUGAAUGCUUCCAGCUAGUAUUUGACGAUGGUGAAAGAAUUACUUUCAACGCGGAAUGCUCUAAUGAGGAAAAAAGUGAUUGGUACAAUAAGCUCCAGGAAGUUGUUGAGUUGAAUGUUUUCCAUCAACCCUGGGUGAAAAAGUAUUGUGAAAAGUUAGCUGAGGAGGAAAAGACUCGAACAACCGGUCAUAAUUUGAAGCAAGAUUUUAAUUAG